CGAGACGCACUAGCGCGUAAAUGUGGGUCAUUCCACGCACACAGCACCGAGAACGGACGCAGUUAUCCCAACUUGCCAACAUGGGACAGAGCUGGAUAUCGGACAGGUCUCUCCUGAAGACUAACUUAAACAAUGUAGCUGACUGGCUUUGGUGAUAUGCUGUAUUAAUGGAUACGAUCUUAGAAAUGGAGAACGGUACAAAUCACACGCAGGACCGCGCGCACGGAGCGCAGGAGCGAGAGGAUGGAGACGGGCAGAACAGCGUGCGCGCUCUACUUGGUUUUGUGCUCUUCCUCCUGAUCGUCUCCACGCUUUUAGGGAACACGCUCGUGUGUGCCGCCGUGGUCAAAUUCAGACACCUGCGCUCCAAAGUAACCAACUUUUUCGUCAUUUCUCUGGCCGUUUCAGAUCUCUUCGUGGCCGUUCUGGUGAUGCCGUGGGAGGCAAUAUCCGCGGUGGCUGGCACAUGGCUUUUCGGCCGGUUUUGCGGCAUCUGGAUUGCUUUUGACAUCAUGUGCUCCACCGCGUCCAUCCUCAACCUGUGCAUUAUCAGCGUGGACCGCUACUGGGCCAUUGCGAGUCCGUUCCGAUACGAGCGCAAAAUGACCCACCGGGUGGCUUUCAUGAUGAUUGGAGUGGCGUGGACCCUGUCCAUCCUAAUCUCCUUCAUCCCAGUUCAGCUCAAUUGGCACAUGGCUGAUGACGACGAGGAGGGCGCAGGGGGAAACGGCACAGACUACAGCGACAACUGCAAAGCCAACCUGAACAGGACCUAUGCCAUCUCGUCUUCGCUUAUAAGUUUCUACAUCCCCGUAAUCAUCAUGAUCGCCACGUACACGAGGAUAUUCCGUAUUGCGCAAACGCAGAUCCGCAGGAUCUCCUCUUUGGAGAGAGCGGUGGAACACGCGCAAAACCACCACCAGUCCAACGACUGCUCCAACGAGAACUCGCUGAAAACCACCUUCAAGAAAGAGACCAAAGUUUUGAAAACACUUUCUAUCAUAAUGGGGGUCUUUGUGUUUUGCUGGCUGCCGUUUUUCGUGCUCAACUGCAUGGUACCAUUCUGCCAGUGCGUCAGUGACACGACCUUCACCAUAUUCGUGUGGUUCGGAUGGGCCAAUUCCUCCCUCAACCCCGUCAUCUACGCGUUUAACGCGGACUUCAGGAAGGCGUUCUCCUCGAUUUUGGGCUGCAAUAAAAUUUUCCCCAGCACCGCCGUGGAGACGGUGAACUUCAGUAACGAGCUGGUGUCCUAUCACCACGACACGACCCUUCAGAAAGAAGCGCAACCGCUUGCUGUCCAGAUGCCGAACACCCGAGAGGAGCAGAGUCUCCCGUUUGACAAGGACUCUGUCACCUCGAACGUUUCUCGGAAUCACAAAAACAUGCUGUUACCGAACAUCGGGCAGUUUGAGUGCGACGGGGAGAUUUCACUGGACACGAUCACACCAUUCACUUCGACGGGACUCAUGGAGUGCGAGGGAAUCCCAGGCCAAAUCAUUACUGAAUGACUCAGGGGGGGUCAAGAGGUCAUUUACCUUUCCAAAGCAAACCAAAACAAAUGGUUGAAUGUUUUACAAAGUACUGAACAGAUUCAGUUCUUGAAAGAAAGCUUUUAAAUGAACUUUUCAGCGACCAAAAAAGUAUCGGCAACGUUAGGUUAUUCGUGAAGUACCAAAACAGUCAGUUUGCUAAACCAUAGAAACAGUAGCUUUUUACGCCGCUCGAUCGCUUACAGUAUUAAAUGUUGCAUAUUAGCAAAACAUAAAUACUGUUACUGUUUACUACUUCAUAGCACAUUUACUUAUACAUCUGAAUAUUGGAUAUCAGGAGGCAAACCUCAAUAACCGUUUGUAUAAAUGAUUCCUCCAAAAGACUUUUUAGUUUAUUGAUGCAGGUGGAAUGAUAAAACUACAGGAAUGCAUAAACUAGGUCACAUGUCCCAUAUUGAUCUCAGUGGUUCACCUGCAUCCUAUUUUUUAUUCUUUUAAUUUAAUAAUAUGAUUAAGCACAAGUAUUUCAGUCAAGUUCAUGUUAUUUUUCCAAUGCACAUUUGAAAUGAUGUUUUUUUUAAGUGAGAAAAUUCAAUUGAAAAUCUCUGCAGAUCACGUAUCUAUACAAAUCAUUGCAGGAAAAUCACAUUAUCUUUGCACCUUUCUGUCAACUGCUUUAUUUUAGAUCUGUUUUAGAUCUGUUAAUGACAUGCCACAUGCUUUCUAUGGCAUCCUAUUGAAUAUCUGUCUUCUUUACAUUCACUUCCAAGCAUACAUGCUCAAUUCACAUAUCUAGAAAUGUAAUUUCAACCAUAAAAAGCAGAAGCAUUUGUUCUGUCAAACGUCUAAAACUCUUUCUGCAUUCAAAAGUUAAUGACAUAUAUUUUCAGUCAUUCAUCCAAGAAUCCUGUAAUAGGCUUCAGAGUUUGCACGUCCAGAUUAAGGUUAUUGAUUCUGAACAUAAAGUGUAUAAACAUAAUUUUUUUUUCUGUGACUGUAAUUUUAAUCACCCAAUCAUCAGUUGUCUUCAUGAAGUGCAUUCAUAUUCUGAGGUCAAGUAAUCUGAUAUUUUUACUGUUUGAAGGUAAUUGUUCACAGGACAAGCAGGUCAUUGAGUGAUUUAUGUCUCAACUCCUCCCUGUUUCUAACCUACUUCACAGUAGUGUGCAUUAUGCGAUGAAUAGACAUUCUCAUGCUAAAAUGCAAAAUAUCACAAACAGGAAUGUGGGCAUUAAGACCGCAGCAGCUGAAAUCUCAUCCUCAGAUCCUCUUGUGUAAAACUGACCUUGUUGUAUAACAUUGCAUGGGUGAUUAAGUAGAUUUUUUUGCAUAGUUGAUCUGGUAAGCACAAGAAAGACGAAUAUGAUCAUGACACACAUAGGCAGCUCAGAAGGUAAAUUCUAAAGCAAAAGAACAACAUUAACAAAUGAUAAAACAUCUAUGAUGGUGGAUAUAAUUUAGAGCUUUACCUGUCUGUUAUAUUCUUAAUAAUAUGUUUUAUUAAUUUUCAAAUUUGUAAGAAAAAUUAAAAACCUCAAGAAAAGCA